CGCAAAGUUUUACAUGUGAAUCCUGUAAACAGAACAGGAGCAUAUGUGAAAAACAACUGUUUCAACGCAAUCAAACCUAAAUUGCAGCUUUUAUGGCUUUUAUGGGAUCAAAUUUACCCACUGAGGUUGGUUUGCGGUUGCUUCUUGUCCCUCUUGAUUCCAACAUUGUAAUCCGCACAGCAUGCUGUUCUGUGGGAGUUGGUUUACCAAUUUACUCUACAUUUAAAGCAAUAGAGACAAAGGAUCAAAAUGAGCAACAAAAGUGGCUUUUAUACUGGGCAGUGUAUGGAUCAUUUAGUGUUGGAGAAAUAUUUGCUGACAAAUUUAUCUCCUGGUUUCCACUUUACUAUCACAUGAAGCUUGCAUUCCUUGUUUGGCUUCAGCUUCCAACCACAAAUGGGGCUAAGCAGUUAUACACAAAUCAUCUACGUCCUUUCUUUUUGAGGCACCAAGCUAGGCUUGAUCACAUUGCAGGGUUGUUUUACAGUGAAGCGGGUAAAUUCAUUAGUGCUCACCAAGGUGAAUUUCAAUUUAUGAAGACAAUCAUGAUGAAGCUAUAUAUGUCAGUUAAGCAAUUAGUCAAUGGUAGUGAUCAACCUGCCAUGACACAAGAAAGAAGAGCAAUCACAGGCCCGAGAGAACAUUCUGCGAGCUCUGAUUCUGAGGAUGGUCGUCAUGAUGAUAAUCACGACGAUGAUGACUAUGUAUCUGUUUCUGCAGCCUCUUAAGUAUCUGCCUCCUUAAACAACCUUGUGUAUAUCUUGCUCGAAUCUUUUCCUGUCUCAUAUAUUGCAACUUUUGUAAUCUGGCUGCGCGUAUAAGAGCCAUGGGUCAACUGAAAGAACUUUUAACCACAUGGACUUAUGAAUCUACAAAGAUGCAUAUGCUUUUAUAGGACUGGUGGAAGAUUGUAAUUCUUAUGUAAAUUAGUUUCUAGUAUGUCGCAUUGUUCACUUGACUUCA